UGGUCCAUUCACUAAAGGCCCAUUUCUCCCGUGACCCGUGCGGCCGUGUCGCGGACGACGAGGCCGAGUGGGGAGAGGAAGACGACGAUGGAGUGGGCACCGCCGCCGCCGCUGGUGGUGCGCAGCCCCAGGCAGACGGUCAGCCUCCUACGCAACCGCCGCCCCCACCGCGACCGUGAGCCCUCCUUCUCCAGUUCUCCAUACUUCGCCGCCCGCGACCACGGCCCUAAGCCGUCCGAGGUGUACGGCUUCGUCGGAUCCAUCACCACCGUCAUCGCCACCGCAGUCUACCUCGGCUGGGCCUACACGCCCGAGCACUUCCUCCACUCCCUGGGCAUCACCUACUACCCUAGCAAGUAUUGGGCAGUGGCGGUGCCAUCAUUCAUGAUUGUGGCGGUGGUGCUGUCCAUAGCCAUCUAUAUGGGCAUCAACUUCCUUGCCACUCCUCCCCCGACUUCCUUCAACACUAUUUUUGACGAAAAUAGUCGGGAGCGUGUGACAUUUUCUCCUGCAAUGGAAGAAGAGAGGCCGAUCGAACCCAUUUCAGACAUUAGUAUUGAUCAAAUCAACAAUCUUAUGUUUGGUGAUAGAAGAUUACUCAAGAUGGAAAAUGAGUCUACCUUGUUUAUGCGUAGAGCACAAGAUGGGGACAGUAGCAACAUGAAGGAAGAAUCCACAUCAAGUAAACUUUGAGUGUGCCUUCAUAAGCAAUCGGGGAACUCUGUCCUUCAGCAUUUUUCUUUGUGAAGGAACCUCCAGUCUUGCCUCUGUCUAGAACUUCAGAUGUAUUUACAUGUGCUGUGCAGUAAUGGAAUGCACUAUAGCAGUACCUUUUUACACUAUAUCGGGGGCAUUGAUAUCUAAUGCUUGCACUUGCAUCUA